AUUGAAAAAAAGAAGAGGGUUCUUCAGGUCUUCUUGUUGUUCGAGUGAUCUUGUUCUUGUUUUUUUUAAACAGUUCUCUGAACAUCAGUGGUAUUAGAGCUUCAUUAUUCCUCUCAUGACGAAUUGUGGGAAGAAGCAGGAUUACGGUGAUCUUGAGAACCUAAUCAAAGAGAUAGAUAAGAGACGUUCUAAAGGAAUUGAAGAUGUAAGGGAGCAAAAUUCCAAGGCUCUUGAUGAGAUCAGAAUGUUGCUGGCGGACAUGGCGAAGAAGAGAAAUGGUGAGGCAGCUCAGUCUUCUUAUCAGCAACAAGUUGCUCUUCUCGUCGAUCUUCUGAAUUCUCAUCGGAUACACUUUUUGCUGUCGAAGCGGCUCUCAAUGCAGCAAUGGAGCUUAAUAAGCCUGUCAAACACAUCUUCUGUGAUCUUCAAGACAUCAUCCACCUGCUUAACUGCACUGACCAUGUUACCUCAUGGCGGUUUGAUGAUCAAAUUAAUAACCUGAAAUUUCUUUUGGACUCAUGGGGAAAUCCUCUGAUCCAUGUUAUCCCGUCUUCCUGGGGCUCUCCGGCUGUUGGUUUAGCUAUGCAUGGUUUAACUCAUCAUCAUCCCAACUUGUUCUUGUUUGGGAAAGACCUCCCAUUUUGGAUCAUGAAAUCCUUUAUCAAUUUUGGUUUUAGAUUCUAACUCGUAUUUGUCUUUUAAA